GGUAAUCGAUCGUGAGAACAAAUUAUUUAUUCUCUGGUUAAACACUCCCAUCUAUAAAAUGAGUGUGUGGGAAGGAAGUAUCCGAUUUGAGGUACACGGGAAUCAAUCUAUCACCCCAUGGUAUGUUCGAAAUAGAAACAGAAUCAUGUAUGGUUGUUGCCAUGGGAAAGGAUAUCAAAUGAUUGGCAUCACUUACAUGGAAUGGAAUUCAUGAAUCCGAUGUGCAGAUAGAUAUUCUGCCUGAUCAACGUCACAUCUCCAGCUCCACCGCCUUGGACGCCACGAAGAGGUAUACAUAAGUACAAUGUAUGUGUGAAGGAGAACGAUGCCUCCACCAGUUACACCAUCGCCCCAUCGAUUCGUGAUCAAAAGACAGUCCGGCCCUCCAGCUCCCCGUCCCCAUCUACCUCCACCAUCGCAACUCGCACAGGAAUCCACUCCCCGUCCAUCCAAUACGCAACAAUUCAAUACCACUCCCCGCUUUACAUUUUCUUCUACCCCAAAACCCAAUGUCACGCAAAGUACCGGUGUACCAGCAUCUACACCCGCGGGGCGAUACAUAACCCCCGCUCGACGAAGUACAAAAGCAAAAGAGAAGAUUGAUGAUCCCUCAGAUGAUUACCCCGCGCAUCUUCCUCUUCACGAUUCCAUAGAUACCAACGAUGAUUUCGAUACCGGUGUUGAGUAUUUUUCCGAAGACCAAGAUGCAGACUCAGAAGAUCAAGAAAUAAAUCCCCGGUCAUCCAAACGGCGACGUAUUUCCACUUCUCCAGACAUUGCCCUGGAAGAAAAUGAUGAUUCACUAUCUUCUUCUCUACCUAUAAUCUCCUCGCCGAUUUCUCAUCGCCCGACUCAAAUCUCAUCCACAGCCGGAAAACCGAAAUUUCUCCUCUCUACUCCUGUACCAUCUACACCUCAAAGUGUUGUCCCGACGACUUUUCUCAAACCGCCUCGGUUUCGUCCGUCUGAUCCUGCGGAGUCGCAGGGAAGUGCCGAUCCUUUGCCCGAACAGUUUUCUCCGCAUAGAAAGGGGAGACAAUAUUUAGCGGGGGGGUUGGCCGCGGAAGUGAGGGAUUGGUUGAUUAACAUCGAUUCUGGGAUUGGUGGGGUGCAAAAGGGGAAAGAGAGAAAUGGUGAAUGGGUGACGAAGAUCAAGAUCGAGGAGGUGAGAAGAGAUGGAAGGGAAAUGUGUUUAGUAAGAGGUAAACAGGUGCGAGAUGUGGAUGGAGAGGUGGUUGUAGAUGGUGUGGGGGAAGUCAGGGUUAUGUUAGCUGGGGAGGGAAUGGGGAUGGGCUUGCAGAGGGGAAUGGAUGUAGAUGUUGGAAGGACGGUGGGUAUUAAGGGUCCGGUUUGGGAGAUUGUGGUGGAGGGUGCUAAAUGGGGUGUUGGGGUUGAGUGGAAAGUAUUGGGAUGAUGAGAUAAUAUGAAAUGAAAUAGCAUCUUGAUUGAAGAAAGUACAUAAUCGAACAUGAAUAUCUAUAUAUUAAUUAUUCGCCUA